AUGGAGCUGUCCGAGAUCGAGGACCUGCCGAAGAAGCUACUUCGGGAAGAGGCUGGCCGCGCCUUCCGUCUCCAAGCCUCGGUAAGUGCCUACUGUUUUAAGCGUUUCCCUGCCGUUCAGUUCUCUUUUCAUCUGACAUUUUCGUUUGCUGUGCACGCUUCAAUGGACAUGUGGCUCUGCGUUAAGCGGGCCAUCAAUGCCGCUGAGAAGGCGAAGAAGGCAUACGAAGACGGCAAGGCGAAGGUUGCCGAAGCUGGCAAGGCCAUCCAAGCCCAGGCAAACUUGGCCAAGGACAUGCAGGCUGCCGAACGGCAGGUAAAGGUUUAUCAGGCCAAACUUGGCGAGAUGUCGGCGGCUUUGGAGGCGGCUCAGCUGACGGCAAAGGAGGCUCUGGAGGCGAAGGAGGCGGUCUAG